CCUCGGGCCCGGGAAGCGCCCCGCAGGCGUUGGGCGAGCUGUUGAAUGAGCGCUUAUUCAGUCUUGAGGUCCCUGAACUCCCACUGUGGUUGAGACUCUCGAGGGCCCCACAGCGUGGUCUCGCUGGCGCCUCGGGUCAUUGUCGCAGCCUCCGGGAGCCUUCCUGGUCGCCACCUUGCCUGGUGACAGCUCUGUCGGUCUUUUCCAGGGUCUGCUCCCCGGGCUUGCUUUCCUACAAGAUGAUGGGGUUUUGGCAGCGCCCGGUAGUGGUGACCGCGGACGUCAACUUGAACGUGGUGGCUCUGACGGUGGCGGGGCUGCUGAGCCGGCUGUGGCGACUCACCUAUCCCAGGGCUGUGGUUUUCGAUGAAGUAUAUUAUGGGCAGUACAUCUCUUUUUACAUGAAGCGGGUCUUCUUUGUGGACAGCAGUGGACCGCCAUUUGGCCACAUGUUGCUGGCCUUGGGAGGUUAUUUAGGAGGAUUCGACGGUAACUUUCUGUGGAACAGAAUUGGAGCAGAAUACAGCAGCAACGUGCCUGUGUGGUCCCUGCGCCUGCUGCCAGCCCUUGCAGGGGCCCUGUCAGUCCCCAUGGCCUACCAGAUCCUGUGGGAGCUUCAUUUCUCUCAUUGUGCCGCCAUGGGAGCUGCUCUCCUGAUGCUUAUUGAGAAUGCGCUGAUCACUCAGUCAAGGCUAAUGCUCUUGGAAUCGGUGCUAAUAUUCUUUAAUCUAUUGGCCGUGCUGUCCUACCUGAAGUUCUCCAACUGCCAGAAACACAGGCCCUUCUCCCUGAACUGGUGGCUGUGGCUGAUGCUGACGGGUGUGGCCUGCUCCUGUGCUGUCGGCAUCAAAUACAUGGGUGUUUUCACUUACUUGCUGGUGCUCGGAGUUGCCGCCGUCCACGCCUGGUACCUGAUCGGAGACCAGACUCUGUCAAAUGUCUGUGUGCUUGGCCACGUGCUGGCCCGAGCAGUGGCUCUGGUAGUCGUCCCGGUAGUCAUGUACCUGCUCUUCUUCUACAUCCACUUGACGCUGCUCUACCGCUCCGGGCCCCACGACCAGAUCAUGUCCAGCGCGUUCCAGGCCAGCCUGGAGGGGGGGCUGGCUCGGAUCACGCAGGGCCAGCCCCUGGAGGUGGCCUACGGCUCCCAGGUGACUCUGAAGAGCGCCUCAGGCAAACCUGUGCCCUGUUGGCUGCACUCGCACCAGAGCACCUACCCCAUGAUAUAUGAGAACGGCCGAGGCAGCUCCCACCAGCAGCAAGUGACCUGCUACCCCUUCAAAGACGUCAACAACUGGUGGAUUGUCAAGGACCCCGGGAGGCACCAGCUGGAGGUGAACAGCCCGCCAAGGCCCGUGAGGCACGGAGACGUGGUGCAGUUGGUGCACGGCAUGACCACACGCUUUCUCAACACGCAUGAUGUGGCCGCUCCCCUGAACCCGCAUGCUCAGGAGGUGUCCUGCUAUGUUGACUACAAUAUCUCCAUGCCUGCCCAGAGCCUCUGGAGGCUGGACAUUGUGAACAGAGAAUCAGAUGCCGAGACCUGGAAGACCAUCCUGUCCGAGGUCCGCCUCGUGCACCUGAACACUUCUGCCAUCCUGAAGUUGAGUGGGGCCCACCUCCCUGAUUGGGGCUUUCGGCAGCUGGAGGUGGUUGGGGAGAAGCUGUCCCGGGGCUACCACGAGAGCGCAGUGUGGACCGUGGAGGAGCAUCGCUACGGCAGAAGCCAGGAACAGAAGGAGAGGGAGCUGGAGCUGCACUCACCUACUCAGGUGGACAUCAACAGAAACCUGAGCUUCAUGGCCAGAUUCUCGGAGCUGCAGUGGAGGAUGCUGACAGUGAGGAGCGACGACUCGGAGCACAAAUACAGUUCCACACCGCUGGACUGGGUCACCCUGGACACCAACAUCGCCUACUGGCUGCACCCCAGGACCAGUGCUCAGAUCCACCUGCUGGGAAACGUGGUGAUCUGGGCUUCAGCCGGCCUCGCUACUGUGCUGUACACCCUGCUCUUCUGCUGGUACCUGUUGAGACGCAGGAGAAACAUCUGCGACCUCCCCGAGGAUUCCUGGCUGCGCUGGGUGCUGGCCGGGGCCCUGUGUGCCGGCGGCUGGGCAGUGAACUACCUCCCGUUCUUCCUGAUGGAGAAGACGCUCUUCCUCUACCACUACCUGCCUGCACUCACCUUCCAGAUCCUUCUGCUGCCUGUGGUCUUGCAGCACGUCAGCGAACACCUGUGCAGGUCGGAGCUCCAGAGGAGCCUCUUGCGCGCCCUGGUGGUGGCGUGGUUCUCCGCUGCCUGCCACGUGUUUAACGUGUUGCGCCCACUGACCUACGGGGACAGGUCACUCUCACCCAGUGAACUUAAGGCCCUUCGCUGGAAAGAGAGCUGGGACAUCUUGAUCCGAAAACACCAGCAGGAGCCGACACAGUGAACCUCUGCCGGGUCAGGACCAGGCAGAACCGUCGUUGCUGUUUUUGACAAGCACAGUAGAGACUGACCAGGCCUGGCAAAGGCUCUAUUCUGGUUUCAUUCUCAAAACAGCCCUGGGAUGAGCACCUUACUUUAAGCAGGUUUUUUAUCCAGGCAAUAAAGAAUGUGUCCGUGUCCACAAAUUCCUAGGGGCCCUAAACUAGGGCUCGCUGAGUGUUGAGUGGCUGGUGUGGGACCUGGUGACUGAGGAGGACAGGCUGGGAGCAGGCAGUGAUGGGCGAGUUAGGUUGGACCAGACAAGGCUGUCUUCCUAACAGAUGUGGGUGGCGGGGUUUGGUGACGGGCCGGGCCCUCCCACCCAAGCACCCAAUGGACCUGCCGAGCUAGAGCCUGUCCCCCUUGAGACCUUGAGUUGCUGCCCUGGAACCCUUUAGUGUCAAGCCCCUGCGGUGGCCGUCCGUGGCCUCUGGUCACUGUGGUGGAGACUAACCCUCUCUGUGUCUUCUACACUCUUGCUGACUCUUCAAACCCCACCAUGAGGUUCUGCUAAGUGAGCAGAGUCCUCAAUAGUCAAGGUUUGUGUUGUCUGUAUGUUUCCUUGUCCCAAAUUUGCCUUUUUUGGUAUAAUUAAAAAGGGACAAAUUGGUGUUCA